AGUCUGUACUCUGUUUUUCUGGGACUGUGGACCACGUGGUGUUUGGUGUUUGUCAUUGUCUCAUUGUCUCCUCUGCUCCAUUACUUUCCUCUCUACGUGUAGCUAUAGCCUAACUUACAAACUCACCAGGUCAACAUGUGCUGAAAAACAGCAUCGCUCAGCAUUUUCCUUUGAUUGUAAAGUGCUUACAGACUGGUCAGUGGGGCCACCGGCAUUUCUGGGCGGUGCAGUGGCCCAGUGGCUUUGGGACAAACCAACUGUGAUGAUGAGAGCCUUUCCUUUGUGUUGCCAGCCUCUCGGUUUGGCCUUUGCCAGAGUAUAAAAGCUCACACCGACAGCAGACGGGACUAGCAGGCGCUAUCCUUCCUAUCCACACAGCACUGCAAGCUAUACUAACACGCAGCCCCUCAUCAUGUCUCAGACCACCAAGACCCACGGCACUGAUGCCAAGGACAAGGGAGUCCCUGCUCCAGCUGCCUCCAGCAAGUCCACCAAGACCGGUGAACCCGGCAUGGGUUCCUACAGAGUUAUGCUGUUUGACCAGGAGAACUUCCAGGGCAGAAUGACAGAGUUCCAGAAUGAGUGCAUGAAUGUGUGUGACCGUGGAAUGGACAGAGUUCGUAGUAUCAUUGUGGAGUGCGGCCCCUUUGUUGCCUUUGAGCAGACUAACUUCCGUGGGGAGAUGUUCAUCCUGGAAAAGGGAGAGUAUCCUCGCUGGGACACCUGGAGCAACUCCUACCGUAGUGACUGCCUCAUGUCUCUCAGGCCCAUUCGCAUGGACAGCCUGGAGCACAAGAUCUGCCUGUAUGAGCUCUCCGACUUCAAGGGCAACAAGAUGGAGAUCCAAGAGGACGACGUGCCCACCCUUUGGGCGCAUGGCUUCUGUGACAGAGUGGGCAGCGUGAGAGUGCCAGGAGGAUCUUGGGUGGGCUACCAGUACCCUGGAUACAGAGGCUACCAGUACCUGUUUGAGUGUGGAGAAUACAGACACUACAACGACUUCUGCGCCUUCCAGCCCCAGAUCCAGUCUAUGCGCCGCAUCCGCGACAUGCAGUUCCACCAGAGAGGCUGCUUCACCUUUACCUCUGCCAGCAAGUGAAUGAGACACGGGAUGCUGUUGUAGCCGAUGUAGCCCUCUGAGCUUUACAAUUCUCUAAACCCAACAUCUGAAUCAGCACCAUCAACGCUCCAUCCAACAGAAAUCACAGAAUAAGCACAAACACAGUGGACAUUGUGAAAUGACUUUUUAUGCUGCUACAAAAAUAAAACUGC